UCGAGGACGCUGAGGAAGCCGGAGGAUGGCUGAGGGCAAGGCCGGCGGUGCUGCCGGCCUCUUCGCCAAGCAGGUGCAGAAGAAGUUCAGCAGGGCCCAGGAGAAGGGUACCUGUUGCUUUGGAGAGUACACUACCCAGGAUGAUGAAGGAGAAUCUCUUUUUAGAUUGUGCCCUUGGCUAGCCCUGGGUGGCCUUACUCCAACAUUAGCAUUUUGGUACUGCAGAAGUUGGGGAAAACUGUAGAAACCAAAGAUGAACGGUUUGAACAAAGUGCCAGCAACUUCUACCAGCAACAGGCAGAAGGCCACAAGCUAUACAAGGACCUGAAGAACUUCCUUAGUGCCGUCAAAGUGAUGCAUGAAAGUUCAAAGAGAGUGUCAGAAACCCUGCAGGAGAUCUAUAGCAGCGAGUGGGACGGUCAGGAGGAGCUGAAAGCCAUCAUAGGGAAUAAUGAUCUCCUUUGGGAAGACUAUGAAGAGAAACUGGCUGACCAGGCUGUGAGGACCAUGGAAAAUUACAUAGCCCAGUUCAGUGAGAUUAAGGAGAGAAUUGCCAAGCGGGGUCGGAAACUCGUGGACUAUGACAGUGCCCGACACCACCUGGAGGCUGUGCAGAAUGCCAAGAAGAAAGAUGAAGCCAAGACUGCCAAGGCAGAGGAAGAGUUCAAUAGAGCCCAGACAGUGUUUGAAGAUCUGAACCAGGAACUGCUGGAGGAGCUGCCUGUUCUUUACAAUAGCCGUAUUGGCUGUUACGUGACCAUCUUCCAAAAUAUUUCCAAUCUGAAGGAUGUUUUCUACAGAGAGAUGAGCAAGCUGAACCACAAUCUUUACGAGCUGAUGAGCAAACUGGAGAAGCAACAUUCCAACAAAGUCUUUGUGGUGAAGGGACUGUCAAGCAGCACCAAACGUUCUUUGGUCAUCUCUCCCCCAGUUCGAAAAUCUACAGUCUCCAGUCCUCUCACCUUACCUACCAGCCCCUCUGCACUUUCCUUGAAGAGUGAGAGGGAAUCCAUUUCAGCAGCUGAAGAAGAGCUGGCCCCUGAUCCAGCCCAGGGAGAAGACAAUUCUGAGAUCAAAGAAGAACCCUUAAAAGAUGAGGAAAUAGAGGGGGGAGGGGCCAAAACCAGCUCCUCUGAGGAAGAAGAGCCUCUGCCAGCCUACAAUGGCCCAACCCAAACCCAGCCUUCUCCCACCAUUGAGGGUGGUGAGUCCCAGGAGGAAGUUUUCUCUUGCUCCCCAGCUCCAGCAUCAGGCAGAGCCCUAAACCCUUCAGAGCAGACUUCACCAUCUCUUCCAGUAGUAGUCCUCCGGACCCGCACCACAAGUGAAGGAUCUGAACAACCAGAGAAGAAAGCCUCUCUUUCGAGGACCUCAGCACCCCCUAGUAGGCCUCCUCCACCUAGAGCCAGUCCCAGGCUCAGGCAUUCCUCAGGGAGCAUACCCUCCAGCCCUACAGCCUCUGAAGAGGGUUCACCUACCAGGCCCAGGGCCUUCUUGGGGGCUGGAACUCCCAGUCCUAGGGCCUCCAUACAGGCAUCUCCUGAUCCAGAGCCAUCAGAGAAGCCAGAAAGAACUCCUAAGGCCAGAGAAAAGGAAACCACCCACAAUCUGAACCCAGGAGAACUUUGCACUUCACCUACCUUGAUGAUCUCUCAGGUUUUUUCAGAGCCUAGUGAGGCAGGGAAGAUGGAAGACAAGGAAGAGAACAAAGAGUUUACCUCAGCUGACUCCCCUGAGUUCCUGACCGGGGCGGAUGACCCAGUAAGCAAGGGCCAAGGCCUUCAGCUUCAAGUCUCUACGGUUGCAGAAGAGAACAGCGUCAUAGCACCUGAGCCUCAAGAGGAGGUAUCUACAAGUCAAAGUGCCCAACUUUGAAGAGAAACUGCCAAGACCUCCUCCCCACCCCACACACACAUAUCUCUCCAGGGACGUUCUUCAACCAGGCCUCCGGGGUUAUGAGGUGGCUAGAGGCUGUAGGUCACAGGGACAUUAGAUCCAGCAUUCAUUCUUAAGUUCAUAUACAGUAUGAAUGCUGCUGGUGAUCUCUAAAGACAGCGUUAACAGAGGCCGAAGAGUAGCCUUAUGGGAGGGAGGGAGGGAGGCUUGGGAGAAGAGAAUGUUAGACUCAGGGAUAUUUAAUUCAGGUUUUAGAAUUGUUUGAAUAGUAAGACUUUAUAAUAUACAUACUAACUAAAAUGGGGCUAUAAUGAUUGUAAAAAGCAGAAGCAUCUAUAGAUAACGCUUGUCCACAGAGACAUAUAACCAUAUAUACUCAGAGGAUAGUGAACAAAUCUAUUUUUGACUUACCACUCAUUUUGUAAGACUUAAAGCCAAAAAAACAGAUCUUUCAGAUAUCAUUAAAUAAAGUAUGAUUCUGACCAUA